AUUAAUGGGAUAGGACUGUAGAAAAAGCACUGACCUGAUAGAAGAAUGGAACUAACAUGGUCUGAAAGACAUCUGACUACAGGUCUUCUAGUCUGUGGAAUAGUGCGGUGCCUUUCAAUUAUCUAAAGGUUCUGAAGGAUGACUGACGUUGGUUUGUGUGAUGCCACUUGGAGCCUUUGUUGCUGUGGCCUGAUAAGUAACCUGCAGAUUUAACAGUACAGCAGGGGGAAAAGCAUCAGGAAUGCCACUUGCUUCAGCUCCUUAACUGGACAAAAGUACAAUGUAGCCUGUCUACAAAGGGAGAGUCUUCAACUGAUUUAUUUUUUUGCAGCUAAUAACCUAACAUCAUCCACCUUCGUGAUUUUACAGUGCUUCACCUUCCAAGACAGAUGGUGUGUCAAAAGCUGUAAGAUGCCUGCCGAACACACAAUAAUGAAGUAGUGAGCUGCUGCUGCCUAAUUGUCAGGAACACAGCUGACAGAACUGCACUACCUGUUUUCUGCUCCCUUAAACGCUCCAGGAACAGCAGGGUGGACAUGGCUGGCCUCAUUAACAACCUGCUAAUACUGUUGCUUGUUUUUCAAAAUAGCUGUUUGGGUUUCAAAAACCCACUUUCUGUCUUUAAGAGGUAUAAAGAUACUACUAGAUCUCUUUCAAGUGAAUGCCUUGGAAACAACAGGCCAGUGACUUCUCUUGGUCUAACUGAUUUUGCAUUGGAUAUUCGCAUGCCUGGGGUGACUCCUAAGCAGUCUGAUACCUACCUCUGCAUGUCAUUACGUCUGCCAGUGGAUGAGGAAGCCUAUGUAGUUGACUUCAGGCCUCAAGCCAGCAUGGACACUGUCCAUCACAUGUUACUCUUUGGAUGUAACGUACCUUCUUCUACUGAGAAUUACUGGGACUGUGAUGAAGGAAUAUGCACAGACAAGUCCAACAUCUUAUAUGCUUGGGCAAGAAAUGCUCCUCCCACCAGACUACCCAAAGGUGUUGGAUUCAAAGUUGGAGGAGAAACAGGUAGCAAAUAUUUUGUGCUCCAAGUACAUUAUGGGGAUGUCAGUGCAUUCAGAGAUAAACACAAGGAUUGCUCUGGUGUAACGUUACAUCUGACACAUCAAAGGCAACCUUUGAUUGCUGGCAUGUAUCUUAUGAUGUCUGUGAAUACUGUUAUACCACCAGGGGAAAAAGUGGUUGAUGCAGAUAUUGCCUGCCAUUAUCAAAAGUAUCCAAUGCACCUCUUUGCCUAUAGAGUUCAUACACACCGAUUAGGUAAGGUGGUAAGUGGAUACAGAGUGAGAAACGGUCAGUGGACCUUGAUUGGUAGACAGAGUCCGCAACUACCACAGGCCUUCUAUCCUGUGGAACACCUUGUAGACAUUAACUUUGGUGAUACUUUAGCAGCUAGGUGUGUUUUCACAGGAGAAGGUAGAACGACGGAGACACACAUAGGGGGCACAGCCAGCGACGAAAUGUGCAAUUUCUACAUUAUGUAUUACAUGGAGGCCAAACAUGCUGUUUCAUACAUGACCUGUACACAGAAUAUAAACCCGGAUAUGUUCAGAAACAUUCCACAGGAGGCAAAUAUUCCUAUUCCAGUCAAGUCUGAUAUGAUCAUGAUGACACAUGAACAUCAUCAUGAAGAAACCAAGAAAACAGAUGAUAGUUCUUCACUGAAGCAGCCAAAAAGAGAAGAGGAAGAGGUUUUGGAUCAAGGUGAUUUCUAUUCACUCAUUUCCAAGCUGCUAGGAGAAAGGGAAGAUGUUGUUCAUGUGCAUAAGUAUAAUCCUACCGAAAAGGCAGAAUCAGAUCUUGUAGCUGAGAUUGCUAAUGUAGUCCAAAAGAAGGAUCUUGGCUGGUUUGAUGCCAGAGAGGUUACAAAUCACGAUGAAAGGGCCAAUACUAGUCUCGCCAGAAACAGAAUUCACAAAUUUCACAGACUAGAAUCCACCGUGAGGCCACCAGAGAACAGAUAUUUCUCUUUACAACAUGGUGAUGGAAGCUGGGGAAAAGAACAUGCUGGAGAUUUCCACAUAGAAGAGGCUGUGGACUGGCCUGGAGUAAACCUCAAACUAGGCCAGGUUUCUGGGUUGGCCCUGGACCCUAAAAAUAACCUGGUUAUUUUCCACAGGGGUGAUCAUGUGUGGGAUAGAAACUCAUUUGACAGUAGCUUUGUUUACCAACAAAGAGGACUUGGACCAAUUGAACAGAACACAAUUCUUGUAAUAGACCCAAGUAAUGCAGAAGUUCUUGAUUCCACAGGCAAAAAUCUAUUUUAUUUGCCACAUGGUUUGAGUAUAGAUAAAGAUGGUAACUACUGGGUCACUGAUGUAGCUCUCCAUCAGGUGUUCAAAUUGGGAGUACAUAAUAAAGAACCUUUAUUGAUCCUGGGAAGGUCUUUGCAACCAGGCAGUGACAAAAAUCACUUCUGUCAACCAACCGAUGUGGCCGUGGAUCCAGUCACAGGCAACAUUUAUGUGUCUGAUGGCUAUUGUAACAGCCGAAUUGCUGUGUUCUCUCCAAACGGAAUGUUCAUCAUGCAGUGGGGGGAAGAGACUUCAAUAGGCAAAGCCAAACCUGGCCAGUUCCGAAUCCCUCACAGCUUAACACUGGUACCCGAGUUUGGUCAGCUGUGUGUAGCAGACAGGGAAAAUGGACGAAUUCAGUGUUUUAGGUCAGAAACUGGAGAAUUCACACGAGAAAUCAAACACAAAUUGUUUGGAACAGAAUUAUUUGCAGUUUCAUAUGUUCCAGGUGGUCUGCUCUUUGCAGUUAAUGGAAUGCCGUAUCCUGGAGACAUAGAACCAGUGCAAGGAUUUAUGUUGAAUUUUUCCACUGGAGAAAUAAUGGACACUUUCAUUCCCGUUAGAAAGAGCUUUGAGAUGCCACAUGACAUUGUUGCUUCAGAAGACAAAACGGUGUACAUUGGAGAUGCUCAUGCCAAAACAGUAUGGAAGUUCACUUCCACAGAAAAAAUGGAGCAUCGAUCAGUUAAAAAGGCUGGUAUCGAGGUGCAGGAAAUAAAAGAAGCAGAGACAGUUAUAGAAGCCAAACUGAAAAACAAACCUAUUUCAACGGAGUCUUCAAAGAAGUGGGAAAAACAUCAUAUGGUCGAACAGGCCAGUCCUGGAAUUUCCUUUGUUCUUAUUACAACUCUUCUAAUUAUUCCUAUUGUUGUCCUGUUGGCAAUUGCUGUAUUUAUUCGAUGGAGGAAGACAAGGGUCUAUGGAGCUGAUGCUGACCACAAACUUGAAUCAAGUUCAGGAAGAAUCUUGGGCAGACUUCAAGGAAAAAGUAGUGGAGGUCUUAACCUUGGGAACUUCUUUGCAAGCCACAAAAGCUACAGUCGGAAAGGGUUCGACCGACUUAGUACUGAAGGGAGCGAUCAAGAAAAAGAUGAAGACGAUGGUACAGACUCAGAAGAAGAGUAUUCAGCUCCCCCUCCCCCACCCCCACCAGUAUCUUCUUCAUCCUGAAACCAGCCUUUGAUUUCUUCUACAUUGAACGAUUCUACCAAGAACAUCAGAUUCCUUUUCCCUUUAGCACGUUUAAGAUUUUGUGUAUUUAAUUGUAAACUGUACUAGUCUGCGUGGGGCUGUACACUGGGAUUUUUUGGUUUUAGUUUGGUUUUAGUUUGGUUUGGCUUUUUUUUUUUUUUUUUUUAAAGUGGAGGAGUAUGUGGAAGUUUCAUAUCAGUGCUGUUGUCUUUAUGUAAACAUCUUAAUAAAAGAAAACAAUCCUCUUUUAAUGGCAGUACUGAUUUAAAGUAGUAGUAUUUUCUCAUUUCUGUUUUGGGACCUUUUCUGUAUUUGUAAAUAAGUCCCAUUAUCUGGUUUAGCACAAUAUUUUCAGUUGUCAGUUUUUCUUUUGUGCCUUUUCUGUUCAAUGUCCUUAAACUAUUGCAGUACAGAGAAAAAUACAGUGCCACAAGAAAACAAAGCUGAUAAAUCUUCUUCUAUUUUUUUAAAAUCACUAACAUAAUAUUGCAUUGAGAAAGAGGAAAAAAAGUCUCUAUUUAAUUCUUUUUUCUUCCUCCUUAGUUGGUGUGUUUCUGAGAUGUCUUAUUUUUAGAUAGUAUUACUGUUAAAAUACUAUUUUCAGAGGGUGAAUGUAGUUUGUGUAAUAAAGUGUUUGCAGAGCAUUUGCUGUCAGAGUGUACUUUGGAAUUUUUGCAUAUUUGAAGGUUUUUUUGUAUACAACUUUCGUAACAAAACACAGUCCACUUCAUACAGUGAAAAAGAUGCUAUUUUGUAUGAGUUGGAAGAUAUUUUGUUAUGUAGCGGGUUUAAAGGGAAAAAAAA